AUGCAGAAGCAGCGGCUACGAGUCGCGCUGGACCGAAUUCUCGGGGACGACGACGAGAGCGAGGAUGGCGGCGUGCGGGCGAGCUCCGUCGGAGCGGGAAACGCUGUUUCUGCGGCGGAGGCGCUUCGUGCGCAUGGGCAGGGGCUCGGGCGCGUACAGAGGCAGGGAUCUAUCGGCAACGGCGCAGAUAGCAAGGGCCGUAGCAGGCAGCAGCAGCAGCACGUAUCGCAGCCGAAUCACCAGCUAGGGAAUAUCGCAGCUCGUGGGAGCGCAGUGGGGUUGACUGGUGGUAGAGGCUUGGGCGGAGGCGGGGGAGGGACCGGCGGAAGUGGCGGCGGCGGCGGCGCCGGUGGCGGCGGCGGCGGCGCCGGUGGCGGCGGCCGGGGGGGCGUUAUGCGCAGCACGAGCGCGUGCUUGGAGGAUAUGAGCAGGUAUGACAGCGAAGGGGGGGUAGAGGGAAAUGCGCAGGGGAGGAAAACAGGCGGCGCGACGGUGAGGCUGAGAAAGGGAGGCGGCCCGACGCUCAAUAGCGAACGGCUGAGCUCCGCUGUAAGGGGGAUGCAGAGCAGCGGGGAUCAACGGCGGUGGAUGCAGCAGCAGCUGCAGUCGCAGCAGGGCCAGAGUUCUGGCAGCGGGGGUUCUUGUAACGAGAGGAGGAACCCCAACGCGCGGCAGCAGCAACAGCAGCCGCAGCAGCAGCACAGCAGAAGCAGCAGCGUCAGCACCAGCGCGUCUAACAACGUUACGUCUGGCGCGGGCGCAUCUGGCGCAGCAGCAGCAGGGGCAGCAGGAGCAGUGCGAGUCCGCCCCGCUGCGAAUGCUGCAGGGAGGGGAAGGGGGACAAGCGGGGGCGGUGGCGGACGGAAGGGCGGUGGCCUCCGCCGCGCCUCUUCUCUGCACUCCAGCGUGAUGGGGGGCGCGGGAGGGGGAGGGGGAGGGGGAAGUGGAGGCGCAGGGGAGGCGGAGAAGCUACCUGGGCGCGCGCAUUCACAGCCCCGGGGGGGAAAGUUUCAAGAGAUGCUGGUCGGGCUGAGAGAGAGCGGGGAAGGGGGGAACGAGGAAGGCUUUAUGGGAGGAGGAUGGAGGGACCUUGGGGGGGACAGAGGAGCAGGAGCAAAUACGAAGGGAGAGAGUUUUCACGGUAUUGGGAUGCAGCAGCAUGUGGAGGACGGAGAGGAGGAAAGAGAUGAGUUUUAUGAGGACGAGGAGGAAGAUCUACAGUGGCAGCCGCGGCAGCGACAGCAGCAGCAACAAUGCCGCAUUCCGAGGUCUAAUUCAAGUGGUGCUGCGCUCACUCACCCGCUCUACUCCUCCUCCCUCUCCUCCUCCUCCUCCACCUGCUCACCUCUCAAGGGGAGAAAGAGCCCUUCUGUGGACAUGUCACCCUCGCUCUCGCCUCCCCGCUCCUCAUCUUCUUCCUCUCAAAUUCCCCUUAUGCAGCACCAACAGCAACAGCGACAGCAGCAGCAGCAGCAGCAGCAGCAGCAGCAGCAGCAGCAGCAGCAGCAGCAGCAGCAGCAGCAGCAGCAGCAGCAGCAGCAGCAGCAGCAGCAGCAGCAGCAGCAGCAACAGCAACAGCAACCUUCGCGGUUUCAUCACAUACAUCGGUCAAAAUCAGUGCAAUCGGAUUGGGGUGCUGUGGAUGACGGAGGGCCGGCCGAGCCUCAGUCCCGGCCUCAAUCGCAGGUUCGGCGGCCGAGGACGCCAACAGGGGGGAGAGGGGCAGGAGGGGCAGGAGCAGCAGGAGGCGUGGGGCUGAUAGCACGGCCUGGGACCGCGUCUUCUGGCAGCACAACUAGUCUGAGGGGCGAAGGGGGCGCUGUGGGGAGUGUGGUGAGAGCAGGUGCAGGAUUGAUGAGGGAAGGGAGUGGUGGGGAGAAAGGGCGGGUAGUGGGUCAGGGUGGGAGAGGAGGAGGGGGAGGAGGAAGUGGAGGGAGGAUGGUGAGGUUGGGGAGUGGGGACGAGGGAAGUGAGUGGUCUGAUUCUUCUGGUCAGUGGAGGGUGGGAGGGGGGACGGGGGGAGGUGGAGGGGGGUCCGGACCUCUGCCGUUGGUCCCUGGGCGGAAGCAGCAGCAGCAGCAGCCGCAGCAGCAGCAGCAGCCGCAGCAGCCGCAGCAGCAGCAGCAGCAGCAGCCGCAGCAGCAGCGGGCACAGGGGCAGCAGCAGCUGCAGCAAGGCCUUAGCCCUAACAAGCAGCAGCAGCAGCAGCAGGCAGUGCAGCAGCAGGUGACGCAGCAGCAGGUGGAAGCAGCAGCAGAGCAAGGCUAUGACUACGACCCUACAGACGUGUGGUCUCUGCUCGCUCACGUGUCCAAGGGACCCAUCACGCACCGCCGCAGCGCCGCUGCCGACCUGCGCGCGUUGCUCAAGGGCAGCGCGCACACCAAGGCAGAGUUCCUCGCAACCGGUGCUGUGGACUUUCUGGUCGACGCUCUGCAGCAAGCUGACGACGGGAAGGUGCGCGAGCACGCGGUUACCGCGCUGUUCAACGUGGCGUUACACCCGGGGGCGACGCCGGUGCUGGUGGCGUGCGGGGGAAUCGAGGCGGUCGUGGGGGUGCUGAGAAGGGGCGGGUCCAUGGGCACGCGAGAGAACGCUGCAGCGACGCUCUUCAACCUGUCGAUUGCCGAUGGGGCGGCUGAUAAGGUGCGUGCAGCAGGCGCAGUGCCUCUGCUGGUCGAUCUCCUUCGCACGGGCAGCACAAGAGGGCGGAAGGAUGCUGCACUGGUACUGUUUAACCUGUCAAGGGAUGAGGACGGGGCCAAGGAGCUGGUGACAGCAGGAGCAGUGGAGGUUCUGGUAGAUCUGUUGACGUUUCGAGAGGUGGGGCUGGUGGAAAAGGUGAUGGCGGUGACAGCGAAUGUGUGCCGGAGAGAGGAGGGGUGUAAGCGGCUGCUGACCGUGGGGCAACCGCGCUGCUGCGGUGGCGGCGGUGUGUGCGGCAAUGGGAGCAGCGGCAGCGACAACCCGCAGUGCCAUGGAGUGGAUGCUAUUUCAGCACUGGUUGAGCUUGUGGAGGAGGAUGAGUCGCAGAGGACACGGGAGGAUGCACAAGCAAUGGACGGGCCAGCAUUCUCUGCUCGUGCGUGUGUCAAGGCACGUGCUCUUCUUGACAUCCUCACAGGCUCGCUUGGCAAACCACCGUGCCUUUCUCCUUCCUCCCCACUCAAUCCCACUAUGGUUAUUGGAAGAUAG